GGUGGUACGUAUGACCCAGCAGCAGGAGAAUCUGAAGUUCCUAUCUCACUUCAAGAGGAAGUUCAUCGUUCAUAAAGGGAAGAGGAAACAGAAGACGGACGCCGCUCAGCCCUCCCUCUACCACAUACGCACCAAUGGCAGCGCUCUCUGCACCAGGACGAUCCAGAUAGGAACGGACUCCAGUAACCUGAACUCUGAGUUCUGCUUCAUCCUCAAGGUGCCAUUUGAGAGUACAGACAACCAGGGGAUCGUGUAUACGUGGGUGGGCCGGGCCGCUGAUCCUGACGAGGCCAAACUGGCUGAAGACCUCAUGAACAGUCUGUUUGAUGACACCUACAGCAAACAGGUGAUCAACGAGGGGGAGGAGCCAGAGAACUUCUUCUGGGUGGGGAUAGGCUGUCAGAAGGCGUAUGACGAGGAUGCUGACUAUAUGAAGUACGCCAGACUGUUCCGCUGCUCCAAUGAGAAGGGCUACUUCGCCGUGUCUGAGAAAUGUUCUGACUUCUGUCAAGAUGACCUGGCUGAUGAUGACAUCAUGCUACUGGACAACGGCAAAGAGGUGUACAUGUGGGUGGGAACUCAGACCAGCCAGGUAGAAAUUAAACUCAGCCUCAAAGCCUGCCAGGUCUACAUCCAGCACAUGCGUUCCAAGGAGUCAGAGACCCCCAGGAAGCUGCGUCUGGUCAGGAAGGGAAACGAACCACACUGCUUCACACGAUGCUUCCACGGCUGGGGCGCCUUCAAGACGCCGCUGGCAUAGAGACGCCACUCUACACACGCACAGCUUUGUCCUGUUAGACCGUGGACACGUUGUCUUCUACUUGAAAGAGACACCUUUUGUCAGUACACUUGCUUUACCUGACGGUUAACCCUUCACGUUCCCCCUCUCCUCUCCCCCCCCCAGCGUGUCUGUGUGCUGCCUGAGGCAGGAGAGGGGGAACUGUUGCUUUUCAAUGAGCUGAAUAUUACAUGAUUAUUACUGAUGAGAUUGAUUGAUUGUUUUAUAAGGGUCCUGGUGAGCCUCUCGUCUGUCUGAACACACAUCUGGGUAUCGAUCAGAGAGACAGAUCUGUUUAUCCGUCUGUUAAGCCCCAUUUAGACCUGGUUCUAACAUGUAUCUGUUGUCCUGAUAUUGUCCACGUUUGUCGACAGCUGUAGACAAUCAAAAGACCAAUUUUGUGAUCUGAUUGUGAUUUGGAUCUUCCCGACCGCCUCCGGAGGUAGUGGAAGACGCGCCUUGUCCUCAAAGUGUCAAACGAAUCAGGACAACGAAAGCCUGUACACGUCACGGUUGUCAACGAAAGCCUGUACACGUCACGGUUGUCCCGCGCGCUCAUAAUUUGACCACGCGUCUCGCUGUUAGGUUAUCAUGUUGAGGUUCGGUUAGCGAAGAAUCACUGAUUUGGAGGAAACUAACGGUCGUUAUUCCCAGCGCGUCACUUUUCUUUCCCCUUUGGUACUGUUUAGGACUAUACUAAAAGGUUAUUACAAUACAAGAUUACAAUAAUAUAAAAGACAACGUACGUAAAGAUCAACCCUGCCCAGACCUGUUCGGAGAUCCUCUGGCUGCGUUCACACAGGCAGCCCGAUUCUGAUCUUUUUGUUCACUAAAUUGGUCUUGGCCAAUCAGAUCAACUCUGAAAAAAGAUAGGUGAUUGGUCAAAAGACCAAUUUAGUGGAAGAAAGAUCAGAAUCGGGCUUCCCUGUGAGUAAACGCAGGCUUUGCAGCCGACUCUGGAACUUCCUGUUUCCACUGUGUGUUUUGUCACAUCCAGAGACUCAGAUCGUUUGUCUGGUGACUUUAGUGAUGAGACGGACUCUCUGAAUAUUUCUUUGUCCGGCCGUGGCCAGGGUCGAGGUUACCAGGGCGGUAAAACCUAUUAAAACGUUGGGAGAACUAAAGUAGUCUGUAAUGAUGAGGAUAAAACUGUGCCGUUUUCUGUCCAUUUUAGACAGCUUGUGCCAUAAAGGGGAGGUGGCAGGGAAUCUGGUCACGAUGCAGACGCUGAUAAGAGACCAUCAGAUCGUCUUGAUUGGAUGACGACAAACCACGUGCUAAUGCAAGGUGUAACCGUGGGUUUAGAGAGAGAGAGAUGCUGUCAGUGUUUUCCGUCACCAGAGAGACGUUCUGUCCGAUCAUGAGAAAAAGGGUUUUUAUUUGUUGUUGUAAUGGUCGGGAUCUACGCGGCAAACGUUCUGUCACAGAGAAAGAGAGAGAUGUGUUCUAUGACGGAGAGAGGAAUCCGUGUUCUGUUAUUAUGUUUCGGUGGCCAGAUGUCACAGCCUGUCAUGUGACACGUAGUCUGCAGUGAUUGGUCCGGGCCUGCCAUAGAUAUAUACGUAUAUAUUUACUUGACUGCACUCCUCUACUCAACGUGCACACGCCUGGCUGUAAUGUGCACGCUCCUCACGUCACUAUUUAUGGGUGGUUUUUAUAUGCAAAUAAAGUUUUGACUUCACUAAA